CAAGCCUUUGUAUCCACAAGCCACAGAAAUUCAACAGCUAUAUAACCAAAGAGUUUGCAUUUACUUGAGGGAUAUACUUCUCUUGCACUAUGAGAAUACUCUUGAACUUAUUUUAAACUUUUCAUAAUUUUGUAUGAUCAAAUAUUCUCAAGUAAAUUUGUGAGUGGAAUUACUGGAUUUUCACUCAACCUGUUAAUAUCCUUUGCCAUACUUUCAGGGAAGAUCUUGCUUUUAUUCGCCUGGAAAAUGAUUUUAAAGAAUAACUUUUGUGACAUACCUGACUAGCACAUUAUUGAAUAUUUUUYAAUCCAACAAGGUCUUUAAGGAUCAUGUGUAAUGUAAGUAAGUAAUGUAAGACCUUGAAAAAGAGGUUAGCUGAGGGUUGAUAAAACAAUCUCUUUCUUCUUUUGUGCUGUGAAAAUUCAACAAACUUUGUUAGCUGACUUGAGAGAAAGAGGCACCAGAGAACAGAAUGUGAAAUCAAAGAGACCUUCUUCCCCUCUACCUCUUUAAAAGAUGGAGCUAAAUUUUUAUUUUUAAUUUUAUAGGAAGCAAAAAAUGUUUUCCUCACAGAAAUUGUCUGUCGUAUUAACUUUAUUUUUUUGCUACAAAACAAAUCUUGAUGUUCCAAAAUAUCUUACUUUAUGUAAAAGACAACAAGUAUUUGGGGGUGAAGAAGUCUCUGUGAUGUGUGUUGUAUUAUGUUAGAAGCUUGUUUUAGGUGACGAUUGAUGAAAUUUAUAAUUUAAAUGUCUCGCAACUUCUUCUUCGCAGGUUAGAAUUAAAAAAAAAAAAAUCCACCUCACACAUUUGUCUUGUUUUUGAAAGUAAUGAAUUUUAUUAUGGCUAGUUGAUGCUGCAGUUGAUGAAAGACUAUGGUUUUGCUGGUUGAUUGUGGCUUCAUUUCAAGAUAUUUAUUAGGCUGUUUCCUUAUUAUUUUUAAUGUGUAUUGAAUGAAAAGAGGAAAGCUGCAACUUCUUCUGAUAAAUAUAUUGAUUUUUGAGAUAGCAAAGGCAAAUAGCUCUGAAAUUGAACUUGGAGAAACAGAGACGAUCAGUUUCUGAAACAGAGGACCUCUCAUUAUUGAAAGCUGUUGCUGAAUAGGCUGCACAAAUGGCRUUUUUUCGAAACCUUCAGCAGAAUCUGAACCUUCCUUCUGUGUCUUCCCUGGUGGACACRCUCAGCAGUGCUGUGGAUGACCUGGCCAGUGUUGUUGGCGAGGUCGGCUACUCUGUAGCUGACUCAGUGACAGAGCAAGUAACAAGCAUGAUCAAUGGCCUGCGGGCAGAAGAUGAAAGCUCCAAAACACAAAAUGAUAAACCUAUGGAAGGUAGAGAAGAAUACACACCAUCAUUAACUCAUUCUCAGGGAGUUAAUAUGAAAACAAAGAGAAGUACUGCAGAACAUAAAGAGACUCAUAAUUCUAAUUCAUUUGAUUUUGUAAAAAAUGGUACAAGUCAAGUUGGAGUAUCUGACCAUGUCUUGAACAAAAACCAGUUAAGAGGCACAGAUAAUAAUAAUCCUGUCAGUGAUACAGAAGUACGUCAGGAUUUGAAGACUGUAGGAGGACCUUUUAAAAGGGAAGCAGUAGGGGAAAAUGAGUCUUUUGUAAAUGAUAAGUUCUUGAAGGGUAGUAACCCGAAAAGUAAUAAAUUUGCAAUGGAGCAAUCUGUUGAGGAGCAAGGUAAUUGUUUAUAUGCAGUAUCAGAUAAUUCUAAGAAUCAUGUGCAUAAAAAAAUCAAACCACAGUCACCUGGAGCUGUUUUUAAGAAUUCUGAUGAGGUGCACAGUAUAAAUGUUCCCCAAGAUUUAGAAACAAAACUUGUUGAAGUGCAGAAGGAGAAAUUGUCAGACUCCAGCUUGAAGAAGAUGCACAAUGACCAUCCCAACUGCCUUAAUGAAAUCAAACAAAAGAAAUCUGAAGCCUUUGCUAGAAAAGGAAAAUCCACCUCAAAGGAUGAAGGCAAUGUGUCAACUACAACUGCGAAUGAGGGUAAAAGGAAAAACUCAAAGAAAUUAGAAAGAGAGCUAUGUAAUAAGAAGACAGCAGGAAAAGACAAUUCUUAUAUGAGUAAAGACCAGCAUGGUUCAUCAUCUGAGAGUGAAGAUGAAGCACUGGGUAAAUAUCAUGAGGCCUUGUCUAGAACGCAGAGUUCCAGGCUGCCAGUGGUGGAUGGCAGACAGCAAAAAAACUAUAUAUGGGAAACCAGACAAAAAUAUAGUCCCCUGUCUGCAGAAUAUGAUGGAUACAGUAGUGAAGCCUCAAUAGAUGAAGCGAACUGCAUUCAGAGGAUGAGAAGAACACCUCCGCUGGAUGAACUGCAGCCGCCUCCGUACCAGGAUGACAGUGGUUCUCCUCACCUUUCCUGYACGCCUUCUGAAGUUGGAGACAGCAAAUGUGAAUAUUCCCAGUGUAGCAACAGUCCAAGAUGUUCAUAUAAGUGCCCAAGUGAGGGAAGCACGGGACAUGAAAUAGAAAGCUUUCAUAACAAAGGAUAUGAAGAGGAUGUUCCAAGUGAUAGCACGGCGGUUCUUAGUCCAGAGGAUAUGUCAGCUCAAGGCUCAUCUUCACAGCUUCCUAAACCUUUUGAUCCUGAGCCAGUAGCUAAAUAUGGCACACUGGAUGUGACUUUUGACUAUGACUCACAGGAACAGAAGCUUUUGGUGACAGUGACAGCUGUCACAGACAUUCCAACAUACAGCAGGACAGGUGGAAGCUCGUGGCAAGUACACCUAGUUCUCCUCCCUAUAAAGAAGCAGAGAGCAAAAACCAGCAUCCAGCGGGGACCGUGCCCUGUCUUCACAGAGACAUUCAAAUUUAAUCACAUCGAGUCUGAGAUGAUUGGGAAUUAUGCAGUUCGCUUUCGACUGUACAGUGUACGGCGCAUGAAAAAGGAGAGGAUUGUGGGAGAAAAGAUUUUUUACUUAACAAAAUUGAAUCUUCAAGGGAAGAUGUCAGUGCCAGUGAUACUGGAACCUUCUUACAGUCUGUCUGGUUGUGACUCUCAACUGAGCAUGUCAGAUGUGUCCUGCAGYGAAAGUACCUCCUCUUGUCAGUCUCUGGUACAUGGCUCAGCUCCAGAAAUCCUCGUUGGCCUCCUGUAUAAUGCUACGACUGGAAGAUUAUCAGCAGAAGUGAUAAAAGGCAGCCACUUCAAAAACUUGGCAGCGAACAGACCACCCAAUACAUAUGUUAAGUUAACUCUGCUGAACUCGAUGGGGCAGGAGAUGUCCAAAUGCAAAACUUCAAUCCGCCGAGGGCAGCCGAAUCCCGUGUACAAGGAAACCUUCGUUUUCCAGGUGGCCCUGUUCCAGCUCUCGGACGUGACGCUCAUACUGUCUGUGUAUAAUAAGCGCAGCAUGAAGCGAAAAGAGAUGAUAGGGUGGAUUUCCUUAGGUCUCAACAGCUCAGGAGAAGAUGAACUGAAUCACUGGACUGAAAUGAAGGAAUCUAAAGGACAGCAAGUCUGUAGAUGGCAUACUUUACUGGAGUCAUAAUGGAUGGUAGAAACUGCAGUCGUGGUUCUAAGGGAGUUUGUUCUCCCAGGAAGAUGAUCUUCCCUGGUCRCACUCAACAGAUUUGUUGUGGGAGUGAAAAACGGAAAUUGCAGUCAACAUUCCAUCAUAAAGGAUGCACAACAUGCAAAAUGGUGGGAUUGAAUAUAGAAUCUUCACUUCGUGUCAUGAACUUCCUUGGCAUCGGAGAAGUCUUGCUGUGCACAGAUACRAUAGCGGUCCCUUCCCCAUCCACCUGAUGCUGUAUUUGUUUGGGUUUGUUUUGUGGUUUUCAAUUCAGAAACAUUUUGUGCAAGGUUCUCCAAAUUAAUGUAAGCUCCUUCUUGUGUACUUUUUGUAUUGCUUUAAUACUGUAGUUUCUGACCUGCUUGCAUUCAGAUUAAAGGUCAAUAGUUUGCACUUUGAGAAAAAGUUAAUGGUCUGUAAAGCAAAAGCAAAAAAAAAAAAAAACAAAACCCACCACCGGUGAAAGAACACUUAAAAAUAUAGCAAAUAGAAAUAUACUGUUGUUUUGCACUGAGUUUCUUUCCAGGAGCUUAGUAAAGUAAGUUUUCAUUUUUUGAUAUGCAGUUGGUUUGAAAAAUACUAGCAUUUGGGCAUCAGGUGAACUUUGACACCAAUCUAAUGUUUCUUCAAUCUGUGACAGAAACGAGCUCUAUAUAUGGCAAAAAUUGAGGUUUUCCCUCUUGCCUGUACUUCUGCCUAAUCCAAAGAGACCAGAUCAUUAGUUUGGUCCCUUCCAAAACUCCUUAGACAGGUUGUACUGUAAAACUAUGUAACUUUCUGUUGAAAGCACUUCCUGUAUUCAUGUAUUCCAAUGUAGGAAGCUCAUAGAGCACGACUUUACUAAAAUAUAUUUUCAUUAAAUAAAUUGAUACAGGUUUCUUUAAAAUUUCAGCAGUUGGAAGUUAGRUUGAAAGACUGUGAAGGAAGUGGCAGCAGUUGAACUACUCUGGAUGAAUGCAAAAUAUUAUGGCUUUGCUUGAAACAGGUAUCCAU